UGAUUCUGCUGGUGUUCCUCAAUACACUCACAAUAUCAUCCGAACAUUAUAACCAGCCCGACUGGCUCACGAAAGUCCAGGAUGUGGCUAAUAAGGUGUUGUUAGCCCUGUUCACAUGCGAGAUGCUAGUAAAAAUGUACAGUCUGGGACUACAGGCAUACUUUGUGUCGCUUUUCAACCGCUUCGACUGCUUUGUUGUUUGCGGAGGCAUAGUGGAGACGAUCCUCGUGGAGCUUGAGAUCAUGUCUCCUCUCGGCAUUUCUGUGUUUCGCUGCGUCCGGCUCCUCAGAAUCUUUAAAGUCACACGUCACUGGGCGUCUCUGAGUAACCUGGUGGCAUCACUUUUGAACUCCAUGAAGUCCAUUGCAUCCCUACUGCUGUUGCUCUUCCUCUUCAUCAUUAUCUUCAGUUUGCUUGGCAUGCAGCUCUUCGGAGGAAAGUUCAACUUUGAUGAGACUGUUACCAAACUAAGCACUUUUGACAACUUUCCUCAAGCCCUGCUGACUGUCUUUCAGAUCCUGACGGGUGAGGAUUGGAAUACAGUGAUGUAUGAUGGGAUCAUGGCGUAUGGAGGCCCCUCCUCCUCAGGCAUGCUUGUGUGCAUCUACUUCAUCAUCCUCUUCAUCUGUGGAAACUACAUCUUACUGAACGUAUUCUUGGCCAUUGCUGUGGAUAACCUGGCAGAUGCAGAAAGUCUGACGUCAGCCCAGAAAGAGGAAGAGAAGAGGAACAAGAGAAAGAAAAGCAGGAGUAUGAGCAUAUACAAGAGAGAUGGUGACGAUGGAAACUUAAAGGCAUCUGGUGAUCAGGAGGGUGAUCAGGAUCAGACAGAAGACAUGACUGACUCCUCAGAGGAGGAUGAGGAGGAAGAGCCUGAGGUACCGUCAGGGCCGCGGCCCCAGAGAUUGUCAGAGCUGAGCCUCAGAGAAAAGACGCCACCCAUCCCAGAGGGCAGCGCCUUCUUCAUCCUUAGCAACACCAACCCGAUCCGUGUGGCGUGCCAUCAGCUCAUCAAUCAUCAGAUCUUCACCAACCUCAUCCUCAUCUUCAUCGUGCUGAGCUCCGUCUCGCUGGCAGCCGAGGACCCCAUCCGUAACUUCUCUGCCCGAAACAUUGUUCUUGGUUAUUUUGACUAUGCCUUCACUGCUAUAUUUACAGUGGAGAUCUUGCUGAAGAUGACUGCGUUUGGUGCUUUCCUUCACAAAGGAGCUUUCUGCAGAAAUUACUUUAAUUUGCUGGAUCUGCUGGUGGUUGGAGUCUCCCUUGUUUCCUUCGGCAUACAAUCGUCAGCUAUUUCAGUGGUGAAGAUCUUAAGGAUUCUGCGUGUGCUUCGACCUCUGAGAGCCAUCAACAGAGCCAAAGGACUCAAACAUGUGGUUCAGUGUGUGUUUGUGGCCAUCAGGACGAUUGGGAACAUCAUGAUUGUCACCACACUUCUUCAGUUCAUGUUUGCCUGUAUCGGUGUGCAGCUGUUUAAGGGGAAGUUCUACCGCUGUUCUGAUGAUGCAAAAACAAGUCCAGAGGACUGCAGAGGGACGUUUAUCGUGUACAGUAUUGGUGAGACGGCACUGCCACAAAUGUGUGAGAGGAUCUGGUACAACAGUGACUUUAACUUUGAUAAUGUGCUGAUGGCUAUGAUGGCCCUCUUCACCGUCUCAACGUUUGAGGGCUGGCCGGCUCUGCUGUACAAGGCCAUCGACUCAAAGAAGGAAAACAUGGGUCCCGUCUACAACUACCGCGUGGAGAUCUCCAUCUUCUUCAUCAUCUACAUAAUCAUCAUCGCCUUCUUCAUGAUGAAUAUUUUUGUGGGUUUUGUCAUUGUCACGUUUCAGGAGCAGGGCGAGAAAGAGUACAAGAACUGUGAGCUGGACAAGAACCAGCGCCAAUGUGUGGAGUACGCUCUGAAAGCCCGUCCGCUGAGGAGAUACAUCCCUAAAAACCCGUACCAGUAUAAGUUCUGGUAUGUGGUGAACUCCACGGGCUUUGAGUAUGUCAUGUUUGUGCUCAUCGUCCUCAACACACUGUGUCUGGCCGUUCAGCAUCACGGCCAGUCACGUCUUUUCAAUUAUGGGAUGGACAUUUUGAACAUGGUGUUCACGGGUGUCUUUGCAGUCGAAAUGAUUCUCAAACUGGUUGCCUUCAAACCAAAGCACUAUUUUGCCGAUGCAUGGAACACGUUUGAUGCCUUAAUUGUUGUUGGUAGCAUCGUUGACAUUGCGAUCACAGAGAUCAAUAACACGGAAGACAGCGCAAGAAUUUCCAUCACAUUCUUCCGUCUGUUUCGUGUCAUGCGCUUAGUGAAGUUGUUGAGCAGAGGAGAGGGCAUUCGUACGCUCCUCUGGACCUUCAUCAAAUCAUUUCAGGCUCUUCCAUAUGUGGCUCUACUUAUUGCCAUGUUGUUCUUCAUCUAUGCUGUCAUUGGAAUGCAGGUGUUUGGGAAGAUCGCCAUGGUGGAUGGAACCAGUAUUAAUCGUAACAAUAAUUUCCAGACCUUUCCACAAGCUGUGCUUCUGCUGUUCAGAUGUGCGACGGGUGAGGCAUGGCAGCUGAUCAUGUUGGCGUGUUUGCCUGGCAAACAGUGUGACUCUGAGUCCGACUAUAACCCUGGAGAAGAGAAAACCUGCGGCAGCAACUUCGCUAUCCUCUACUUCAUCAGCUUCUACAUGCUCUGUGCUUUUCUGAUCAUUAAUCUGUUUGUCGCUGUCAUCGUGGACAACUUUGACUACUUGACACGUGAUUGGUCGAUUCUUGGACCACAUCAUUUAGAUGAAUUCAAGAGGAUUUGGUCGGAAUAUGAUCCUGAGGCCAAGGGCCGUAUAAAACACUUAGAUGUGGUGACGUUACUGCGCAGGAUUCAGCCGCCGCUGGGCUUUGGCAAGCUGUGUCCUCAUAGAGUGGCUUGCAAGAGGUUGGUUGCCAUGAACAUGCCACUAAAUAGCGACGGUACGGUCAUGUUCAAUGCCACACUGUUCGCUCUGGUUAGAACUGCUCUGAAAAUCAAGACUGAAGGGAAUAUGGAACAAGCCAAUGAGGAGUUACGAGCCGUCAUCAAGAAGAUCUGGAAGAGAACCAGCAUGAAACUCCUGGACCAAGUAGUGCCACCUGCUGGAGAUGAUGACGUCACUGUGGGGAAGUUCUAUGCCACUUUUCUGAUACAGGACUACUUCAGGAAAUUCAGGAAACGCAAGGAGCAAGGACUUGUGGGAUGCCAACCCUAUUUAAACAGCACCACCGCUCUGCAGGCUGGUCUGCGCACACUGCAUGAUAUCGGCCCUGAGAUCCGUCGAGCCAUAUCAUGUGAUCUACAUGAUGAAGGUCUAGUAGACGUCAACCUCCAUGAGGAGGAAGAGAUAUACGGGAGGAAUGGAGUUGUGGUUGGAAAUCAUGUGAGUGGAGAUCAGUGCAGCAUCGUCACACAGCGUCCUCUGCAGCUUCCACUUCCUCUGUGCUCCACCCAAAAUGACUGUCCGUCGAUGUCAGACAAAUCAUCCAACUCAAAUAUCAACAAUGCCAAUGUGCCAUCGGCCUCUGCCUUUCCCAACGGCUGGCACAGUCGCUGCCGGCGGCUCUCCGGGACCCUGGUGUCCUCUCUGAGCUCCUACCUCAACCUCAAGAGUGAUGGAGAACUACAGCUCAGGAGGCCGGACACCACUGCUGUCGGAUAUCCGAUCAGCCACAUUGAAACCUCCACCCUGGGUGACAUCAGUAAUGAUGACAGGAACUCUGGGGAGUAUUACAGUGGAGACGAGUUUAAUGAGGAUGGUGUCAUGCUGGCUACAGACAGGUCAUACUUUCAGGGCACUUUAAUUGAUGGUGCUCCAGCUGGACAACAGGAUGCAUGUGAAUGUGUCUGUGAUGAUGCCUCUCACAAGUCUGCUUUCCAUUUCGAGUGUCUGCGCAAACAGAACAGUCAAGAUGAGAUUCCCCUGCGUCCAACGGGCCUACCGCAUCAUCAGGUGAAGACGCCGACUGGACAAGAAUCGAGUAGAACACGACUCUCUCCGACUCACUCCAUCCGCUCCUGGGUCACGCCUCCAGCCACGCCUCCACCCUACACCCCUCUGAUUCAGAUCACGCCCAGUGCUAGCAGCACUCCGGGAUUGGUUCACAGGGGCUUCUGGAAUUCCCAGCAGGCCUCUGAUUGGUCGACAAGUUCGCCCUCCCCCUCCUUCCUGAAGGUUCCCCCCCGACUGUGCGGCCAUCACCUGCAGCAGCGGAGCAGCGCUCAAAGCCUGGUGGAAGCCGUGAUGAUAUCGGGUGGAUUAGGCAAAUAUGCGAAGGAUCCAAAGUUUGUGACGGUGACAAAACACGAGAUAGCAGAUGCUUGUGAAAUGACGAUUGAUGAGAUGGAAAGUGCUGCUAGCAAUUUACUGAACGUGAGGCUAGGCCGCGGGCCGGAGGCAGACGAGGCGGGCCUGUGUCAGAACAAUCUGCGUGACUACAGCGAUGAGGAGACGGACACGAGCAAUAAACGCGAGGAGGAUCUCGCUGACGAAAUGAUCUACGUCUCAGUAUUAUAGUACAGAACUCAAAAUACCCCCAAUCAAACUAAAUACUGUAGAAAAUGAAUGAAUGAGGUAAUCGUGCCUUUACACGGGAGUGGCAUGGGGAGUUCUGCUGGCUUUACCUUUUAUUCUGACCUUUUCAUUUAGUUAACAAACCUUUUGAUAUCUUGGGAAUUUCCAGCAAGAUCCAAAUGUGAUGACAUUACCGACCAAAGUGUUUUCCUCUGAAUCUGUGCAUGCACUGGACCUUUGAAGAUCCCCAACCAACUUACCAGCCAAAGUCCACUUGGUCAAAGGUACCAAACAGCAUUUCCUCAGACCCACGCAGGACACUUUCACCAUUUGAGUCAAGAAUUCUAUUCACAUAUAAGACAAUUAUAAUGGUAUAAACAUCACAGUGGUACCUCCUGGUUGGGUAACUAAACUAUAUUUCAAGUCUUUCAAAUUAAAGUCAUGAUUGACUGAAUGUCUAUUUUCACUCCUUGUUCCUACUUUUCCAUAUUCGAAGCACAUCAAGGUUGGUGACAUUUGGCAUCAUUGACUUCAAAUCUGCCGCAACAUACUGGAAUGCAAAUUUAAAGCUGGCCAUCUCACUUGGAAUAUAGUGCACAAAUUAUAUGGACUUUGGAACUAUGGACUUUUUUUUUAUGGGAAACAAGGCCAGUAAAUCAUUUUUGGGUGAAUGCAAGAAAACACAAACGGAAAUGCAAAUAAUCCAUGCACCUAGUUUCACAUGCUGAAAUAAAAAUGCAAGAUGCCAAUUUUGGUGGUGGAAGAAAGGUUUUAUGAUAUGAAAUAUUUCACUACACCAGUCUGUUGAGUAUUGGCUGUAAAAUGCACAAACUAAGGCAUUUAAAUAAUACACAAUACAAUUGUGAAACCAUUCAUGUUCAAAUAUGAAUGCAUCACACAAUCAUCAUUUUAGGAGGACGUCCUAGACUUCAGGUACUCAAACAGAUCUUACAAAGGGCUUUACACAGCAGCACCAAAAAGCAGAUUCUGCUUCCUUUAUCCAGAGCAAAUCUUACUGCCGUCUGACUCUCUGAGCUCUCAGAGACAUCACGAUGGAAACAUCAACUUCUGCUUAGGAGCAGUUUCUAAACAUAUCAAAGCAAUAAGCGCUUGCGUCGUAGAGGCCUGUCACCGUUACUGUUAGUGUGAGCGCAUCUGCCUCAAUAAAACUGCUUUGGUCCUCCAGUUCCUUCAGCUGGUCAACCAACUGUUUUUUUUUUCUUAUGUAUUUUCAAUGUUCAUCUGUUUCAUUGGUCCUGUUGUUGAUAAUGAGGUCUGUGUCACACACCUGCUGACGUUUGGGAUUAUAUAAAAUAAAGAAUAAUUCUCCCAAAAAUUAACAUUCUGUCAUCAUUUACUAAUCCUAAUGUUCAGUCCAAACCUGAAUGACUUUCCUCAAUGGAAAGAAGAUGCAGUUACAAAGAAUGGGCGCUGAAGUUUUCAUGAUUCAUAAAGUACGAGAUAUAAAAGUAUUGUGAAAACCGUCCGUACAAUUUGUGUGCUAUAUUCCUGUGGCUCGGCAGCAUUGAAUG